GCCGGCUCAAAACCAAACCCUUCGGAAGACGCAAACCUUUCCCGGCCAAUCUUCUUCAAUCUCUGAACCCAGUUUCCGAGUAGCGUAAACCCUAGCGACUGCAACAAUGGUCUAGAUUCAAACACAUCGUUUCGUGGUUUAUCCGAGAGGGAGGUGACACUUUGGUGAGACAAAGAGCAUUUGGUGAAACGAGGUCGAUGGAUUUAGAUUUCGAUGAUCAACCCUUGGAUCAGGCUGCACCAGCAGCAAGAGCUGGUGCAAGGUUUAAACCGAAAGGUAGACCACAACCCAAGAAGAAGCAAGUCUCUCUUUCGACCUCCCAAGCAACACUCUCUACCGAUGUUUCUGUAGAUGCAUCAUCGGCUUAUCCCAACAAGGUUUCAACUUCUGAGACUGUUGUGCCUGAUAGUGGAACCAUUAACCAAUCUACCACCAUUGGAACAAUAUCUAAAGAGAAUGUAGAUUUAUUCUCAGGAAGGGUUAGUUGGUGUAUGGAACCAUCUGCUCUUCGUGCUUGUACUAAUAAUGUGGAUUUGGAAGGAAAAAGAUGUGAUGAUGGCAUAGAUGCGGCACCUGAAUUGCCUGAUGAACCCAGAACACAAGAUUCUGCAGCGUUUGGAGAUUCUGUUACUCCUGAAACGGAUGAAGUUUUUCGUGCUCAAUCUCAAAGGAUGCAAACAGAGGAAGCAGAGCGUCAUUUGGAGAUGGAAUCUCUUGACAUUGUACAGGAGGAUGGCAUCACAAGGGCAUAUGAGCAACAUACUGGAAAGUUCCAACCAAAGCCUAGAUUGCUUGACACUGUGAUUGAAGAACCUGAGUCUCAUUACUCUGUUGAUGAUACUGGUUAUUGUACAACGGCUACUAACGAAUCUGAGUUUAUGGUCAAUGUGGAAUCAAGAAACGACUUCAAUACGAAUACUAGAGAACAUCAAGAAGAAGAAGUCCACAGCGAAACGGUUCCUGAGAUGGAAGCGCAAAAUGCUUCUGGCGGACGGGAACACGAAGAACAGGCUGUCUCGCCUAGGACUAACAGUACAGUCAUAGGGGAGGAAGAAAAUAGUUUGGGGAAUACAGUCGAAGAAGCGCCUCGAAGAGAAAGUAAAAAAGGGACAUCGAAGGGAGCUACUUCUCGAAAGCGGAAAAACACCAGUAAAGAGGAUCCAAAUAAGACUAGCGAAGAUCCGCAGAAGAAGAAGUUCAAGCAUGCGAGUCGUCGACAGAAAAAAAGAAGUGUGGAGAAGGAAUUGCUUGAAACCCCGGAUGACGAAAUCAGAUAUCUGCCUAUUAAAGAUAUGCUUCGCCUUGUUGAAUAUAAAGAAUGGAUGGAGAAAAAGGAAGCAAAGGGAGCUGCUGUUGUGCCGCCGACCCAAGAAAGUAAUACAAAUGCAUCGGAUAACCAGUAUUAUUCUCAAGGCUUCGACGCAGAAGAUGGAUUUGGUCUAGAGGAGAGCGAAAAUCAAGAAACAGAGGUAGUUAGACCGGACUCACCGGUUAACUAUCAAACGUACAUGAACAAGACUUCCAGAACUCGAUGGUCAAAACAAGAUACAGAACUCUUCUAUGAGGUGAUAAACUUGUUCUCUCUGAGUUUUGAAAUGCAGGGAAUUCGAGAGUUUGGGAGCAAUCUGUCGAUGGUACAACAACUGUUUCAUGAUAGAACUCGUGAACAGAUCAAACUCAAAUUCAAAUUGGAAGAACGCCGGUAUCCAUUGAAGCUUAAUGAUGCAUUAUCAAGUCGCUCGAAAAAUCUUACUCAUUACCGGAAUGUGAUUAAGAAGCUUCAACAAGAAGCUGCGGCUGCAAGGGAAGAAGCAGAAGAAGAAGAAGAAGCUGGAGCAGAGGCAGAGACAACUACUGAUGUUCCCGAUAAUGAGGAGCCGGCGAAGUCUGAGGAGAGUGAGCGAGCCGAUGAUGGGAUAUCGGGAGUUAAAGAAUCGGACGGUGGGGAUAUUGAGAACGAGGUGAGAUCAGACGGUGAAGGUGAAGAUGAGGGAGAUGAUGAUUUUUGGAAUUCUUAUAAAAGUGAGAUGUAAACUAUACUCGUUUUGAUUGAGAUGAAAAAAUCUUAGUUAUUUUAAUUACGUUUAUUCACUUUAAAUAGGAGUAAUAUAAAUAUGUUGAAACAAGUCAACUGUUCAAAAUGGAGUAAUAAUUACGGAUAUAUUUUUGGUAAAAA